AUGGUCUUAGUACAGGUUCCGGCACGCAAGACGUUGUUCAACGACGCCACCUUCUCUGACAUCAAGAUCCUUCAGAUCUACAACGGCAGGACCAAAGAGUAUCACGCUCAUAAGGCAGUGCUCUGCGGCCAUUCCGGAUGGUUCAUGAAGGCCCUGACUGGGCCCUUUAUGGAAGCCUCCGAUCCCACUAUCGAAAUUCAUGAUGACAAUCCAGAAGACUUCGAAGCAAUGUUACGGUAUCUCUAUACUAUGCAUUACGAGCCUGAUGAGGACAUACUGUAUGUUGAUCGGGGAUUCUUUACGCCCAGCGGACUCUAUAUCCUAGCAGACAAGUACAAUGUUGAUGGGCUUGCGAUGCGGGCUCUAGAGACUUUCGGCUAUGACGAUGAUGUCCUUCUCAGCGACGAGCACUGUGAGAAGGUUAUCGAGGCUUACUACUCUGUAUGCAUGAUCGUUAACUCUGCCAUGGGCAAAGCUAUCGCUGGGUAUCUUCUUAGACAUUCGAUGGCAUUCAUGAAGGGAUAUGCAUUUGGGAAAAUCAUAUGCAAGUAUCCAGUGGUUGGUGCAGACAUCUUACUUGCGGAGAAACGUAUGGAAUGCUUGGGAAAAUGUAAUAGACCGCAUAAAGGUCGCUGAAGGAUGACAGCACCGGCAUGAUGAACACUCGGAGUAAAGGGACGAUGUGACCUUGGGGAACUAAUAUCUCUUUGGAGUUGUGACAAUGGGAUUUGUGGUACAAAUGUGGAUCCGAUCCUUUUAUUUCGAAGAGCUACGGACUGACCAAGGCUGUGUGGUAUCGUUCCACAAAAUCCAGGCUCACCUAGUACAGAUUUUUAGCUCGUUCCUUUCCAGACACAUAUAUUCCAUGCCGGUGAGACUGGAGUGAUUUUGAAUCGACCUUGUGUG